AUGAGUACUGAUUUUGAUAGAAUUUACUUGAACCAGUCGAAAUUCAACGGUAGAUUCCGUAUUGCAGAUUCCGGUCUGGGUUGGAAAGCGACAGCUAGUGGAGGUUCUUCAGCAAACCAGGCCAAAGCUCCCUUCCUACUACCUGCUACUGAACUCUACACUGUGCAAUGGAGCAGAGGCUGUAGGGGAUAUGAGUUGAAGAUUAAUACAAGAAACCAAGGUGUUGUUCAAUUAGAUGGAUUUUCGCAGGAGGACUUCAAUUUGAUAAAGAACGACUUCCAUCGUCGAUUCAACGUCCAAAUUGAACUGAAAGAACACUCCCUACGUGGUUGGAACUGGGGUAAAGCCGAUCUGGCUAGAAAUGAGAUGAUCUUUGCCGUUAAUGGUAAGCCUUCUUUCGAAGUUCCAUAUGCACGCAUAAACAACACCAACUUGACUUCUAAAAAUGAAGUGGCGAUUGAGUUUAACAUUCAGGAUGAGCAGUACCAACCAGCGGGAGAUGAAAUGGUCGAAAUGAGAUUUUAUAUUCCAGGUCAAGUUGAAGAUGAGAACGAGGACGAAAUGCCCAAGAAGGAAGAUGGGGAGGAUGUUGAAAUGACCAAGGAACCAAAGGAGAAAAAGACUAUGGCAGAAGCCUUCCAUGAGGAACUGAAGGAGAAGGCAGAUGUUGGUGAAGUCGCUGGUGACUCCAUUGUCUCGUUUCAAGACGUUUUCUUUGCAACGCCAAGAGGUCGUUAUGAUAUUGACAUCUACAAGAACUCUAUCAGACUUAGAGGUAAGACAUACGAAUACAAAUUGCAACACCGUCAAAUCCAGAGGAUUGUUUCUCUGCCCAAAGCCGAUGAUAUUCACCACUUGAUUGUCCUGUCGAUCGAGCCACCAUUACGUCAAGGUCAGACCACCUAUCCUUUCCUGGUUAUGCAGUUUCAAAAAGAUGAGGAGACAGAAGUGCAAUUGAAUCUGGAGGACGAAGAUUUCGAUGCUAACUACAAAGAGAAGUUGAUGAAACAGUAUGACGCAAAGACACACAUUGUAAUAAGUCAUGUGCUGAAAGGUUUGACUGGUAAGAGGGUUAUUGUACCGGGCGCUUACAAGUCCAAAUACGAUCAAUGCGCUGUAUCGUGUUCUUACAAAGCUAACGAGGGCUACCUAUAUCCUUUGGAUAACGCUUUCUUCUUCCUGACUAAACCCACUUUAUACAUCCCAUUUUCCGAUGUAAGUUCAGUGAACAUUUCAAGGGCUGGUCAAACUUCUACUUCUUCAAAGACCUUUGAUCUAGAGAUUCUACUUCGUUCCAACAGAGGGUCCACAACAUUUGCCAAUAUAAGUAAAGAAGAGCAACAACUAUUGGAACAGUUCCUGAAGUCAAAGAAUCUGAGAGUGAAAAACGAGGAUAAAGAGGCACAGGAAAGGCUGCAGAGUGCUCUUGGCUCAGAUAGUGACGACGAGGAUGUCAUCAUGGGAUCAGCAGCCGAAGACGAAGAAUCUUUUGACGAAGAGUUUCAUGCAAGCUCAGAAGACGAUGAUAUUGCUGAGGAAUUCAACUCAGAUGCAGCUAGCAGUGACGAAGAAGGAGAAGGAAGUGGAAGCGAAAGACCAUCUAAGAAAGCUAAAGUUGAAUAA